AUGAAGCUUACCGCCGUUUUCUGUCUCUUUGCUGCUACCUUGGCUGUUGCUGAUCCCAAUCCUGAUCAGGAUAUCGAUCAUGGGGGCGUCGUCGACGGUCUUGUUGGUGGUGCUGCGCAGCUGCUUGGCUCCGUUGUUCCUGAGCAAAUUAGACCUGGACACGCUCGUCGCAAUGUCAAUUUGAAUCCCGAGCCUCGAAUUGGGGUUACUGUGGAACCCAAAGGUGGCCCUUCUCGUCGCAAUGCCGAUUCUAACUCCCCGAUGGACUUGGGAGAUCCUCCCCCUAACAAGUUCGCCACCGCAAGGGCUCCCAGUGCUGUAGAGUAUCCGUCUGGUGGCAAUGCUAAGCCUCAGUUGCACAAGUCUGAGGUCGUUGUAGUGUCUGAGGGUGGCGCUUUCCCUCGCAAUGCCGAUCCUGAACCUGGAUAUGAAGAAACCAGGCCUAGAAUCACGCGCUCUGACUGGCCUCCUCCCAUCCGUGUUUAA